AUGGGCAGCGGCAGAGAAGAUUACACUGGCAAAGAUGUGCUGAUUCUGGGAGGUGGAGAUGGGGGCAUAUUAUGUGAAAUAGUCAAACUGAAACCAAAGAUGGUCACUAUGGUAGAGAUUGACCAAAUGGUGAUUGAUGGAUGUAAGAAAUACAUGCGAAAAACGUGUGGUGAUGUCUUAGACAAUCUUAAAGGAGAGUGCUAUCAGGUUCCCGUAGAAGACUGGAUUCCAGUACUGAAGAGGUACGCCAGAGAAGGGAGAGAGUUUGAUUACGUGAUUAAUGAUUUGACUGCCGUUCCAGUCUCCACAUCUCCUGAAGAAGAUUCCACAUGGGAGUUUCUCAGGCUCAUUCUUGACCUGUCAAUGAAAGUACUGAAACAGGAUGGGAAAUAUUUUACACAGGGGAACUGUGUCAAUUUGACAGAAGCCCUGUCGCUCUAUGAAGAACAGUUAAAGCGCCUGUAUUGUCCUGUGGAAUUCUCCAAGGAGAUCGUCUGUGUCCCUUCAUACUUUGAUUUGUGGGUAUUUUAUACUGUCUGGAAGAAAGCUAAACCCUGAAGAUCAAUGGCCCCUAAUCACGUGUGCUUCAAAUAGCCUUCCUGACCUUCAUAUGCUGUACCUGACAUCACAACAAGCUGUGCCAUUGAUUAUGAAUGCCUUCAAGAUUUCUUUUUUAAUGGAUUAUUUUUAAUUUAAUGAAAUCAAGUGGAAAAUGUAUAUUUUGAUUAGCUAGGGUGUGAUUUUUUUGAAAGUCAGCUGAAGGAUGAUUAGACAACACAGCGAAGGCUGCUAAAUGCACUGAACCCCUAGAAUGUGAUUUCUGUUACCUUUUUUUCUGUGUGGGCUUCUUUUUGUUUCGGUAGGCUUUGAAUUUGGUGGUGUGGAGGAACGAACAUCGUCGUCUUGUUCUGGAGGAACAUUCUUGAUGGUGUUUCUUUUCCCCCAAAAAUUGACUUAGAUAUUAAAAUUUGGUGCUUAUAAGAAAGUUUUAAAAAAAUGAAUAGCAAUGCUUCAAUUAAAAUUACAAAUAAGA